AUGGAUCUGUUUGGAGAUAUAGAUGAUAUCUCCUCAGAGAGCGAUGAAGACCCGCGAGCACCUAUUCCAAGACAGCCUGUUGUUUGUGUGUGCCAAACGCAGAGCACAGCUGGAACCUUUGGAGUGCCUCAGAGACAGCAGGUGCAACGCCGCAUCUUUGAAACCAGAGUGAAAAUAGCAGUUCCUAGCAUCAACUCUGACUUGGGAAGUGAAUUGUAUUUUGUUAAACUACCCAGAUUUCUCAGGAUAGAACCCAAACCAUUUGAUCCUCAGCACUAUGAAGAUGAACUUGAAGAUGAGAAAGUGCUCUGUGAGGAAGACAGAACUAGGUUAAAACUAAAGGUGGAAAAUACUAUACGCUGGAGGAUCUGCCGGGAUCAAGAAGGUUCUAAAACUAAAGAAAGCAAUACUCGGAUAGUCAAGUGGUCAGAUGGAAGCAUGUCCCUGCAUUUAGGCGAAGAAGUGUUCGAUAUCUACAAAGCCCCACUGCAGGACAAUCUAAACCAUCUGUUUAUACGGGAAGACACUGGUCUCCGUGGACAGGCCAUCUUUAAAUCCAAACUUAACUUUAGGCCUCACUUUACAGACAGUGCCACAUAUAAAAAGAUGACCCUUUCAUUUGGGAACAGAAGUUCAAAGACACAGAUUAGACUCCUCCCGAUGGCUGGUCGAGAUCCUGAGUGGCCACGCCCAGAUUUGAUCAAGAUACAGAAGAAAGCACUGAGGCCAUCUACUCCCCGGAAAGUCCGUCUGCAGAGGAAGAACCAGAGGCAGAGGCAGCAGCAGCGUCCAGGCCCAAGCUCCGCCAUCCAGAAGCGUAACCAUGAUGUUGAAGGAGAGGAGGAGAUGCAGGGAGAGGACCAAGGCGGCAAGGCCUCCAGCGUGACUGCCGCUGAGGAUCGUUACUACAGCCGUUACCACCAUGCUGGCCAUUACCAGGGCGCAGCCGAAAAGAAACAAGCCGUGUCUUCUUCAGAUUGCACUCACGAGGGACCAGAGGAAGAUAAAGCUAGAGGAUUACUCAAAGCAAAGAGAUUCAGGAGUGAUCACGGAGACAAACCCUCCAGAAGAGGACAAGGAAGAAGGAGGAAAACUGAGGGGUAACUGUGCAGUGGUGUCUAGCAUAGUCAAGUUGUUAGACUUCUGCUUGUGCUGGGACUGAACCUGGGGCUUUGUGUGUGCUGAACAUGCUUCCUACUUAGGUACAUCCCAGCCGGUCAAAUCUGUCAAAGACAGAACAGUUGUUCUGACCUACAUGAACCAAUGAGGUGGGCUAUGCAGAAACCUCUAAAUUCCACUCUCCUUUCAUGUAUGUAUAUGUAUUAUGUUUCUUUUGCUUUGUUUUAUUUUGAAAUGUGCUCUCACCAUGUAACUCUGGCUGGCCUGGAAUUCACAAGAUCUACCUCCAGAUGGCUGGGAUUGACUGUGUGCGGCACCACACCUACCCCCUUUAUACUUUUAUAGCACUAUUUCCUGGUUGUUCAUCAGUUGUUCAGUAAAAGCAUUUUGGUUAACAUCAGCUACAGGAAGCAUUCAGACUCGUCUAGAAUACCUGGAGGUCCUUAGCUUCAGUUUCAGGCUCAGGGCUCCUGUACUUGGUACUGAUCUGGAGCCUCUGAUAGUUCCAUGAACCUCUAAUCUAACUCUACAGAUCAUGCAAGAAAGCUUAACGUUUAAAGGGUAAAACUGUCUGGCCAUUUUGCAUUACAGGUGCUUUAGCCAUACAGACCUCAUCCCUGGGCUCAGCAGUUUUAACUGGCAUGCCUCAGGGAACACAUGGUGGCCCUGGUCAGGCCUCGCCCAUAGCACUCUAGGUCUUUCACACUCAGGAUUGCCGGAAGUUGGGCUGCAUGAGGCUCCCUGACUCACCAUCCUCAGGAGGAUAAACACAACCAUUUUUAUUCAUAAAACAGUGAUUUCAGCCUGAUAUGGCUAACUUACAGCUCAUGGUUAAUUGCAGCAUUUGGAAGAUUGAGGCAGGAGGACUACUUUGAGGCCUGUCUGCAGCCUUUAGUAAUGUACUUCAAGUAGAUUACUGAAUGUACUUGAACCAAAAAUAAUUUCAUAUGGUUUAAUUUAUACUCAUACUUGUCUGUUCAUAAAACUAAACUGACAUAUACAAAAGGCAUGUUUUGCAAUAAGGGCAAAGGACCAUUGGGCAUCAGUCACCCUCACCCCACUUCAGAGUCAGUGAAACAUGUUAUGGACAGACACAACUACACACUUGAUACAAAGAUGGCUAACUACUGACCAUUUUGCAUGGUUCAACACGGCAGUGCAGGCUACAGUCUGGGUGGCUCCAACAGACUUAAUGCCUCGCAUCCUAGCACAGGCUUAGUGCUAGUGAGGGCUUGCAGACGGCUAGCUACCUUCUUGUCGGUCCUAAACAGUCAUGCAUUCCAGGAUGAGAGUCCCACUCUGGGGACCUUGCAUACCCCUACUUGCCUUCCAAAGGCCCAUCUCCAAAUCCCACCACUGCUCCCAGUUAGGGCUUCAGCAUAGGAAUUUGGAGAGGAUAAAAAUAGAGUCCUUCAGGCAAGAAAGAGUAGCUCAGGAGAAUGAAUAAGCUUUAUCUAAUAAAUCAGCGUAGCAUACAAAGCAGGGUUUCCCAGGGGCAUCUUCAUACACAUGUAGACUCUGUUCCCAUUCAUUCUCCUCUCCGCAGUAAGCUUGUUCCUGAAGGAGGCUGUAAGGAGUGAAUGUCAGACUCUAAAACUAACGGGAUAUUUUUUUUUUUUAAAAAAAAGUCUGAAUAUAAGAUAUUUGAUGAAGUUAACAGUUAUUUGUUUCCGUAUACAAUGUUUAAAUGCCUAUAGUCUAGUCUUCACAAGAAAUUUAUUGUGUUAUAAACUGGGUGGAUAAUACUUGUUAUUUAAAUGUCAGAAAAUUAAUUGCUUUUCUACUUAUAAAACAUUGAGAGUGUUUUGAUAUGUUAGUAUUAGAAAAACUUUUAAUACUUGACUUCAGAGGACAGAGAAAUAUACACUGCCAUAAAGGUCUGUUCAGGCUUCAAACAAAACCAAGACAAAUGUAAUUUAUCCACAAGACUGAAACAAAUAAAGUGGGAUCAUAAGGGCUUUA